AUGUUACUAUUUUGGGGAUUUCCUUCUUCGAACACGAAGUUUUGUGAGCCACAGGUAGCAAUCGGUGCUUUUGAAAACUGCAUCCAGCUUUGCAUAAAUGACACGUUUUGCAUUAUUGCUUUUGGUAAUGAUAGCUCUUGUACUCUAUGCGAUAUCUACUUUGCUUCCAAAAUCACACAGUCAAACUCUACAUCAAAUGUUCAAACUGCAAUAAAAGUUGACUCACAACUCCAAUGUCCCAAAAAUAUAACUACAAAUCAAUAUUCUUACACGAAUGGCUACAACAACUACAAAGUUAUAUACUCGGAACCUAUCUGGACAAUAUCUUAUGACAAAAAUUGCAUAGAUGAAACUUUCCGAAUGUUUCCGAGACCAGCUGGGGCAUUUUGUUUAACUGUGCCACCGCCAACAGGCAUCAAUUACAUCAAUUCUAGUGCUUCAUGUAAAGCUUCCGGUUCGGGAAUGGAAAUAGCCGGAAUGCAGUCGGAGAAAGAAUUUAAUUAUGUUCUAAAAACUGCAAAAGUAAACGUUGGAUUCGACCCAUCGUUGAAGUACAAAUCAGUUUGGUUAACAGGAAAAAUGAGAUCGGCGUGUCAAACCAGGCCUAUCCCAGAUGGUUGCACUGGUUUGAAUGCAUUCGAAGGGUUUCCGUAUCAGGACAACUUUGACGUAUACAAGCUUGCACCUGGUUACCCACAUAUUUCAACAAAUGUCACAUCGAGGUGUUUGCAGUUAUUAUUAGCACAGACUGAAAAUGGCUAUGAAGGAAUGAUAUAUGAUGCGUUGUGUGAUUGGAUUUGCGAUGGACAAUCACCGGCUGUAAUCUGUGUAUCUACUUUUACUUGUGGAGGCCUCGCUUUUUAA